GUUAGCAGACUGGCUAACGCUGUAUGCUAGGCAGGUAUUUCCGUUUCCUGUUCCUCGUUUCCGUUGCAACGAACGUCGCUCAGGUUUUGUUGUUGUCCCUUGUUGCUACCCGUCCGUACCGUAACCAUCGAGCUAGCUUACCUGACAGAGAAAUGGCUGAAGCUCCUCCACGGCCCUGCCGGUUUUUUUGUCACCGAUGCUCAGCAGAGAUCAGUCCGCGUUUACCGGACUAUACCUGUCCACGGUGUGAAUCUGGCUUCAUUGAGGAACUGCCUGAGGAAAGAAGCACUGAAAAUGGGUCCACAUCCACAGGCUCAAGCAGCGAACAGAACCGGCCAGCCUUUGAGAACAUGGACCACCAGCACUUGUUCACGUUCCCUCCUGGGUAUGGCCAAUUUGCCCUGGGUAUUUUCGAUGAGAACUUUGACCUCCGAGCAGGGCUGCCUGCAGAAGACAACCGAGAGACAGAGAACAGGAGAGAACGGGAGAUGGCGUCACGUCAGCGGUACAGCACGCGGCAACCGCGGGGUCGGCACGUCCCUCGACGACAGGGUACGCGCCAUGAAGGAGUGCCCACGUUAGAGGGAAUUAUCCAACAGCUAGUAAAUGGGAUCAUAGCACCGACAGCUAUGCCAAACAUUGGGAUGGGACCAUGGGGUAUGCUGCAUUCCAAUCCAAUGGACUAUGCCUGGGGUGCCAAUGGACUAGAUGCUAUCAUUACACAGUUACUUAAUCAGUUUGAGAACACGGGUCCUCCCCCUGCAGAUAGAGAAAGGAUAAAGAGUUUACCUACCAUCACCAUCAAAGAGGAACAUGUGGGUGCUGGUCUAGAGUGUCCUGUGUGCAAAGAAGACUACAGUGUCGGGGAGAACGUUAGACAACUGCCGUGCAAUCAUUUGUUCCACAAUGACUGUAUAGUACCUUGGCUGGAGCAGCACGACACGUGUCCUGUGUGCAGAAAGAGCCUUAGCGGACAGAACACAGCCACAGACCCACCGGGGUUAUCAGGAAUGAACUUCUCUCCUUCCUCCUCAUCCUCUUCCUCUCCCAGUUCACCUAGCAAUGAGAACGCUGCCAGCAACUCAUAGACCCUCACAGUCAUGAGCCACCUCUCAUCAGAAAACCUCACACCCACCUGUUAAACAAGACCCAACAUCACCUGCUCUACAGUGGAGACCGGGACGGUUGGCUGUCUUAACUCUAGGGGAUGAUUUGAGUCAAGAUGUGAACUAUUAAACCAUUGUGGACUGUUAGUUGUUUUCAUCUUUUACCCCUCUGGAACGUUAAGAAAACUCGUCAUUUCUCCCCCUGUGCUGAGUGGAUGCUGGAUCCAGCUCCUGCUGCUGUUCUUCAGGAGACCGGAUGGGACAGUGUAUAAGGAGGAUCCAAACGGCUGUGAAGCAAUGAACAACAACAACAACAACAACAAUAAUAAUAAUAAUAAUAAUAAUUAUAAUGAUAAUGAUAAUAAUAAUAAAUAAUGAUAAUUAUAAGAGUGGGAUCAGAACCAGAAAUGGAGCAGAGUUUUGGCCAGAGUGGACUGCUUUUUGAUGGAGACGUGUCUCUGCCACAAGGCUGAGAGACGCAUUUUAUAUUUAAAAGACUUUUUUUUUUUUUUUUUUUAUGAAUUGCCUGUGGUGGUGCAGACUCCAUGCUGAAUCUGAGUCCAUAGAUGUAUAGAUUAUUAAUUUUUCAUACAGUAAAUGGUCAGCCAGUGUACAGUCAGUGGAUUCAACAAAAACCUUGUGGAAAGAAUACUGAGUGUAUGCAUCUGAUUUAAAUUUAUUUGCACCUUUUUUUAUUCUGCAGUGUUCUCUUUGAUGUUAAGAAUGUGAAUUUGGGUAAACUACUGAAUAUUUGAGAAAAAAUGGAUUUUCUCCCCACAUGUUGCAUUCAGUUAUUCAUUUAGGGCUUCUUUUCCAUAUUAGAUUCUCAGUUUACAGGAAUUUGGUUGAACGUUUCAGGGUGUGUCUUGAAAACGGCAAGGUCCUUAUGAAUUUCACUCAGUUUCCUCAUUGAAAAUUCCACAAGCCUACUCAUUUUUUUUAGACACAUUCCCCACACACAAACUGAGGAAAGUCUUAAAGAAUAUCCAACAGGUAAACAAAAAAUGGGAUUAUUUUACAUCUAGAGAACUGACCAAAUGUCAAAGUGCAGUUGUUUCAAAUACAAUUUUAAGUUACUUAUUUUAUUUUGUAAGAUCACAAUAAAAUGCUCAAACAAAAA